UCCCCUCUGUGUCUGUGUAGUCUACAGCCAGCAGGUCAGGAACAACCACGAUACACAGUUUAGCUCAGAGUUAACGCUGUUUUACUGCUCUAGCGGCGGAGAGGGACAUUGUUACUCACGGUAUAGUUGCCACAUCCAGGUUUAUCUAAGUUAACUCGCUGAGAGGAAUGCAUGUGACAUAUUUCACCUGCUAGCAUUGAGAACUAGUGUUGUUAAACUUGUCUGGCUGCUCUGCUCAACUCAACACAGCUCAGUGCAGACUGGUCUCCUCCAAUGACAAGCAGGUAACAACACACGAGCUGUGCCUUUGGAAACCCGGAAAGAGCGAUGAACUGUCAGGCUGAUCAGACUGCUCCAUUGAGGGUGUUGGUGACAGGAGGGUCCGGCUUGGUGGGCAGAGCCAUACAGCAUGUGGUCAAAGAGGAGGGGGGAGCCAAGGAGGGGGAAGAAUGGAUAUUCCUCUCCUCCAAAGAUGUUGACCUCAUGAACAUGGAGGCGACACGGGCAGCGUUUGAAAAACACAGGCCAACCCACGUCAUUCACCUGGCUGCUAUGGUUGGGGGGCUUUUCAAGAACAUGAAAUACAACCUGGACUUUUGGAGAUGCAAUGUCUACAUCAAUGAUAACGUGCUGCAGGCAGCACAUGAAGUUGGAGCGGUGAAGGUUGUUUCCUGCUUGUCCACCUGCAUCUUUCCUGAUAAGACCACCUACCCUAUCGAUGAGACCAUGAUCCACAACGGUCCACCUCAUGAGUCCAACUUCGGCUAUGCCUAUGCAAAGAGAAUGAUUGACGUUCAUAACAGGGCGUUAUUCAAGCAGGAUGGCCGUUGCUAUACAGCUGUGAUUCCCACUAAUGUGUUUGGUCCACAUGACAACUUCAGCAUUGAGGACGGUCAUGUGCUGCCAGGCCUCAUACACAAAGCUUACAUUGCUCAAAAGGAGGGGAAGCCGCUGACGGUCUGGGGCUCCGGCACUCCCAGAAGACAGUUCAUUUACUCUUUGGACCUGGCUCGUCUCUUCCUGUGGGUCUUGAGAGAGUAUCCCGAGGUCGAUCCAAUCAUUCUCUCCGUUGGAGAGGAGGAUGAAGUGUCCAUCAAAGAAGCAGCAAAAGCAGUGGUGCAAGGACUGGACUUUAAAGGGGAAGUGGUGUUUGAUACCAGUAAAGCAGACGGCCAGUUCAAAAAGACAGCCAGCAAUGCAAAGCUGCACCGCUACCUGCCGGACUUUAAAUUCACACCCUUCAAACAAGCUUUAAAGGAAACCUGUGAUUGGUUUGUUGCCAACUAUGACACAGCCCGGAAGUGAAGACUCUGCCAAACAAGUUGGUACAAAGUCUGUCCAUUCAUGACUCUCUGUUGGAAGAGAAGGGGAAUAGAGAAGGUGGUGGUGGUGGUGGAGAAGGUGGUUCAUCUGCAAAUGGAGGUGAAUGUUACUGAAUGAAGUCUGUCAGUUUGAUUCUGUUACUCAAGCCAAAUUCAAGUCUACAACACCAUACUGUAUUAUGCUGUGAAUGUUGACUUGUUUAGGGUUUAAGAAACACAAUCUGUUGUCUACCUGUAUGUGUACUUUUUCACUAUUUUAGCAUUAAUCAUUUGAAUUGUUAAUAGACUGCUUCAAUCUUGGAAUCCGGGUGCUGGUACAAUUUAAUAAUUUCAGUAAUUGUCUAGUAUAAAUCUUUUUCAGCUUUUCACCACUGAAUUACCUUAGGUCUUGAAGGGUUUGGGAUUUUGAAGUUUAAGUGACCUUGAUUGACUUUAUUUAAUGAACAGAAGGUUAUAUAGUAUGUGCGGUUUAACUGCUGUUUUUUCCACACAGUACUUUAGCACUGAGAAAAAUAAAUAUUUUAUACAUAUAA